CGAAGUGCGGGUAAUGUGUUACUGGUUUUAUUUAAAAGUUUUCUUAUCUUUUUUUCAUAUUAAUUUUAAUUUAUUGUAAAAAAGAUGCCUAGUGCGCGCUGUGUUCCUAAUUGUAAAAGUAAUUACACGAAAAAUAGCCCCAAUAUUUCAGUAUUUUCGUUUCCAAGAGAUGAAAACACUAGAAGAGCAUGGAUCUCUGCAAUAAAGCGGGACAAUUUCGUGCCAACUAAAUAUAGUAAGGUCUGUGCUAAACAUUUUCCAGAAAAUCAGUUUUUAACUGUUAGAGAAGCGUUUAAUACCAGUACAGGAGAACUUAUUCAAGUACCAAUGGAGUAUAAAAGGCUUGUACCUGGUGCUGUACCUUCAAUUUUCCCUAAUUUACCCUCAUAUUUUUCCUCAGAAUCAAAAGCAAGAAGAGAAACUCCAAUGGAUAGGGCAACACGUAAGGAUAUGGAAAACUUAAAAGCAGCUUAAAUAGCAGUCUCCAGGACAUAGCAAAAAAAGAGGAGUUAGAAAAAAUCAACACUUUUUCUGAUUUAAUUUUAAAAUUUAAAAACUUUGAAUCAAAUAUAUGGAGUGCAAUUCAAAAAGCAAACGAAAUAAUUUUUAUUUGUCUAGACACUUCUCAAGCUCCUAAGGUAAGUCAUUCUUUAUUAAUUUCUUCCAAAUUAGAAGCCCAUGCAUAUGUUGCAGAUCAUGAGGUUAGAAGUUUAGGCAAUUUUUCUUUUCCAUUAGUCAUAAGUAAAUCAGGUACAAUUAUAGAAAUUCUAGAUCAUUUAGAAAAUUUUAUGUAUGAGUUAAAAGGGAAAAUUGAAGUAAAAGAUACAAUCCAGUUAAUAGGCAACUUAUUAAAGGCCCUUUCUGAAAAUUCUGAAUUUAGCUCGCAAGCAAUUAAUUUUUUGAUGGAGCAAGUUUCUUUUCUUGGAAAUAAUAAAUAUGCACGCAGAUAUUUUCAUCUUUACUGUAUACUAUAGCACCAUCUGCAUAUAAAUUCCUAAGACAAAGUGGAUAUUUGGUUCUGCCUCAUCCAAAUACUAUAAAUCAUCUGUGUUCAAAGUAUAGUGUAAGCCCACAAUUAGAACAGCUAGAUUCAUAUUUUUUGUUGUACAUAAAACAGAAAUUUAAAUAUUUGCUGGAGAAAGAUAAAAUUGUGACUUUAUUGCUAGAUGAAGUUCACAUAAAAGAAUAUUUUGAGUAUAAAGGUGGUUGUGUAACGGGCAUGUCGUGUGAUUCUGAAGCUUCUGCUUCUAGUGCACAAGUUUUUAUGGUCAAAAGCUUUAAUUCAGAAAAAAAACCUAGCUGUAAAGAAAGCAGAAAAAAGAAAGGAAAAAAAUUAAAAAUUACUAACUUGAAACAGAGGAGGGAUGAUAAAAAUAUUUAAUAUUAAACUUUCAAG